CAUUAUCCUGACGCUCUGUCGCGUAUAAAAGCGGCUCGACUCGAGGAUCGCGCGCAGUUACUACAUCGACUCUUCGCCGUCGACAACAGUAACGCAGUACAGCAAAGUAUUGUUUCCAGAUUAUUCCAAAGUAUACAAAAAUGCGUGAGUGUAUUUCCAUUCAUGUGGGUCAAGCCGGUGUCCAGAUUGGCAAUGCCUGCUGGGAACUUUACUGCCUUGAGCAUGGGAUUCAGCCGGAUGGACAGAUGCCCAGUGAUAAGACCAUUGGUGGAGGGGAUGACUCCUUCAACACUUUUUUCAGUGAGACAGGAGCUGGCAAGCAUGUUCCCAGGGCCGUGUUUGUAGAUCUGGAGCCCACUGUGAUUGAUGAGGUUCGCACCGGAACUUACCGUCAGCUUUUCCACCCUGAGCAGCUGAUCACCGGAAAGGAGGAUGCAGCUAACAACUACGCUCGUGGCCAUUACACUAUUGGCAAAGAAAUCAUUGAUCUGGUUCUUGACAGGAUUCGCAAACUGGCUGACCAGUGCACUGGACUCCAGGGCUUCUUAGUGUUCCACAGUUUUGGAGGAGGAACUGGUUCUGGUUUCACCUCUUUACUGAUGGAGCGCCUUUCUGUUGAUUAUGGAAAGAAGUCCAAGCUUGAGUUCUCCAUCUACCCAGCUCCACAGGUGUCUACUGCUGUGGUGGAGCCCUACAACUCCAUUCUUACCACCCACACCACCCUCGAGCACUCAGAUUGUGCUUUCAUGGUCGACAAUGAGGCCAUCUAUGACAUCUGCCGUAGAAACCUCGAUAUCGAGCGUCCCACAUACACCAACCUUAACAGGUUGAUCAGCCAGAUUGUGUCCUCCAUUACUGCCUCCCUACGGUUUGAUGGCGCCUUGAAUGUAGACUUAACUGAGUUUCAGACAAACUUGGUGCCGUACCCACGUAUCCAUUUUCCUUUAGCAACUUACGCUCCUGUGAUCUCUGCUGAGAAAGCUUACCAUGAGCAGCUCUCAGUGGCUGAGAUCACUAAUGCUUGCUUUGAGCCGUCUAAUCAGAUGGUCAAAUGUGACCCACGUCACGGCAAGUACAUGGCUUGCUGUCUGUUGUACCGUGGUGAUGUUGUUCCUAAAGAUGUAAAUGCUGCUAUUGCCACCAUAAAGACCAAGCGCAGCAUUCAGUUUGUGGACUGGUGUCCAACUGGUUUCAAGGUUGGUAUCAACUACCAGCCCCCUACCGUUGUACCUGGUGGGGAUUUGGCUAAGGUGCAGCGAGCUGUGUGCAUGCUAAGCAACACCACUGCUAUUGCAGAGGCUUGGGCCAGACUUGAUCAUAAGUUCGAUCUGAUGUACGCUAAACGUGCCUUUGUGCACUGGUAUGUAGGUGAAGGUAUGGAGGAGGGAGAGUUCUCCGAGGCUAGAGAAGACAUGGCAGCUCUGGAGAAAGAUUAUGAGGAGGUGGGUGUAGAUUCAGUCGAGGGAGAAGGAGAAGAGGAGGGAGAGGAGUUUUAAGAUCUUUUUUUUUCUUCUCCAGGUCAGUUACAGCUUUGCAUCAUUAAUCAGUUUUGUUCAGAAAUGUAAAUGAAAUGAGUCUUUAAAGGUGACAAAUGACAUGUCAAGUGAGGAUUCAGUUUGUCUAUUGCGAUGUAAAGAAUGUGUAGUAAACAUUGUUCUUUAGAUCACAUCAAUCACAUAUUUAAUGCACCAAUCAACUGAGAUUGAGUCAUAUUUUGAUUCCUGUUUGUAGAUCAAAUAAAAUUAUGCACUGACCUUACUGACAUCUGCAAUAAAUUGAUCAUUUCAAGAC